AUGAAUGAGUUCAUUAAUGGGGACCGGAACCGGAAGUGCGUUUGUGUUGGUCGCCGUACCGGAAGCCGGAAGCGGCCGGGACAGCGACCAAUGGCGGAGCCCCCGGAGUUGGCUCCGCCCUCUUCGGAUUUUGCCCCGCCCCCCUCGACGCGCCCCUCCCCCGCCCCGAGGGGAGGGAGGAAGGAGGAGGUGGGGGAGGGGGGGGAGGGGCCGGGACCCCCCCCGGGAGCGGAGGAGCCGCCUACUCCCCGGGCUCCCAGCACUGCCCGCGGUGCCUCAUCACGUUUCCCGACGCCGCCUUCGCCGCGCGCCACGCCAAGCGGCAGCACCCGCGCGACUGCGCUCGGCCUGCGGGGGGCGCUCUUCGUCUGCUUCGUCUGCGGCCGCCCCUUCGGCUCCUCCCCCGCGCUGCUGCGCCACCAGCGCGGCCACGCCCACAGGGGGGCGGAGCCCGCGGAGGCCGCGCCCCCCGCCAGGAAGGCCACGCCUCUUCUGGCGUGUACGGAGUGUGGGCGGGGCUUCGCCCGGGAGGGGGCGUUGCAUCGGCACUACAUCCGGCACGCCCGGGGGGAGCUGUGAGGGGCGGGGCUUGGGGGAGGGGCG